AACAUCUUCCGAUCUCCCGCGUCUAUUUGAGCUUUCUCUUACCUAUCUAUUGAGCGUUUUUCUUAUCAUAAUCGCGAUUGAUAAACCCUUUUAUCAAUCGCGAUUAUGUUUAGAAAUUCGUGCCUUUCCGAUAGCAGCCAACUGUUUAUAUUUCCGCUUAUUUCAUAUUUUUAUUAGUGAUGAACUUCCAUGUGAGCAUUGAUAUUGUCUCGCAUACUGGAAGCAGUUUUGCGUUCGCGGUAAAAUAGUAGAUAUUUAUGAAGAUUUUAUUACCGAAAUUGAGCUAUGAAUAAAAUUUUCCUUUGUCAAAUCUUUUUGGGGAUCACCUUUGCUGUCAUCAUCUCGGAAUGCAGUGCCCUUCCUACCGACAUAAAGAUUAGACAGAAGAGGGGUGUAAUGACCGAUGUCCUUCAACAUGUGCACUCCAAGAAAGAUAAAGAAAUAGAUGGAAUGUUUUUCAUACAGCAUCUCCCAGAUUUGAUUCAUGUGAAAGAAUUCCUUAAAAAUCUUGGUGGAAAAGCCAGUAUCCUCACCAAAUGCAUCUCAUGCAGAUUUGUUAUUUCUUUCUUUCAACAUUACCUAAAUUCUGGAGCUACAGAAAAUGAUAUUGCAUCUGUUGCCUACAAGAUUUGCAACUUCUUUAAGAUUGAAACUCCUCGAGUCUGUACAGGAGUUACAAAACUUUUCAAGAGGGAGCUGACUGAAGUUCUGUUGCAAGUGGCCCUUAAUCCCGGUGAGAUCUGCAGCGUCCUUUACCAGGGAUGUGGUACUCCUAUUAACCCACUUCAUGACUGGAAAGUGCCUCUCCCACCAUUUCCUAAACCACCUGUGAAUCCUCCUCGUCCACCAAAGCCUACUGAUCCUCAACUCCGUGUUUUGCAUAUUUCGGAUGUACACAUUGAUCUUAACUAUAAAGAGAAUACCAGUGCCUCCUGUGGGGAACCUUUGUGCUGUCGACCCACAUCUGGACCACCCAAAAGUCCAUCCGAUGCAUCUGGAUACUGGGGAGAUUAUCGUGAUUGUGAUAUACCUCUUCGAACACUAGAAAAUAUGCUUGAUCAUAUAAAUAAAACACAUAAGAUUGAUUAUGUGAUCUGGACGGGUGAUAUUCCUCCUCAUGAUAUAUGGAACUAUACUCGAAAUGAUGUGAUACACCUUCUGCAUACGGCUUCCAAAGUUAUGUUGAAGUAUUUAGGCCAUGUUCCUAUCUUCCCUGCCUUAGGAAAUCAUGAGAGCUCACCUGUCAACAGUUUUCCCAUUCCUGAUGUAAAAGGAAAUGAUUCAAUUUCAUGGUUAUAUAAUGAAAUUGAGAAAGCUUGGUUGCCAUGGGUCCCUGACAGUUCUGAAACCCUCAGAUUAGGAGCAUUUUAUACUGCUGAAGUGUAUCCGGGACUUCGAAUUAUAUCUUUGAAUAUGAAUUAUUGCAAUAGUCUGAAUUGGUGGUUGCUUAUAAAUUCAACUGACCCAACUGGGCAAUUGGGAUGGCUUGUAGCACAGUUACAAAUGGCUGAAAACAAGGGAGAAAAGGUUCAUAUUAUUGGACACAUUCCACCAGGAGAACCUGAUUGUUUAGGUGUAUGGAGCAGCAACUAUAAUAGAAUCAUUAACAGGUAUGAAAGCACAGUUACAGGUCAGUUUUUUGGACACACUCAUUCUGAUGAAUUUGAAUUAUUUUUUGAUGAAACAAGCCAUAAUAGAGCCACCAGCAUUGUAUACAUUGGUCCCAGUGUAACAACUUAUGAUGGUUUUAAUCCAGGUUAUAGGAUAUAUACUGUAGAUGGAAAUUACCCACAAAGUUCAAGAUAUGUUCUUGAUCAUGAAACAUAUUUUGCAAAUUUGACUGAAGCCAAUUUAAAGAUGAAACUGAACUGGCAAUUCGAGUAUUCUGCUAAGGAAGCUUAUAAUAUGUCAUCACUCUUUCCUGAAGACUGGAAUAAUCUGACUCGGAAGUUCCAGGAAGAUGACUUUCUUUUCCAAAAGUUCCAUAGUUAUUAUUACAAAAUGGCAACUUUCUCUACUCCUGACUGUGAUGAAAAAUGUAAAGAAAAGUUUAUAUGUCGUAUGCGGAGAGGCCAGUCGAAUAAUCCUCUGUUUUGUUGAAG